UACACUCCUGACAGCCGCGUCCGCGAGAGGAGGAGCGGGAGCCUCGGGAGGAUGGGCCGCCGCUAGCCUCGCACUCGGGACGCGCCCUCGCCGUGCGCAGGGUGGGUGGCCGCGCCUGCACCGUCCGCGGGGGCGGCGCGGCGCGAGGUUGGCGAUCGGCUCCGGGCCUCGCAAGCCAGAGCCCCAGGCCCAGCGGGCCUUUCAGCGGCGAUUCCUGGCCCGGCCGCCCGCCUGCCCCGGGCCCCUCGCGGGCAGGAGAACUGACAACUUCCAACUUCCCGUGUUUCUCUCAGCUGAAUGUGAAAACUCACCACUCCCCUUCCCUCGAUGGCUUGCAAUCCCCUUGCCUGAGUUCUCCCGGCUGCUCUGUCGGCUCCCGGGCCUGGCUGCAUCCAGCUUUUCCAUCCUGUGUAUCUGGCCAUGUGGACCGUGUUCAAGACCAUCAUGAGUUCUAACGUUCCUGCUCCUCAGACAAUGGAUGAACAGUCACAGGGGAUGCAAGGGCAACCUGUUCCUGAGUUCCAGCCACAGAAGGCCUUGCGACCAGAUAUGGGCUAUAAUACAUUAGCCAACUUCCGAAUAGAAAAGAAAAUCGGUCGCGGGCAAUUUAGUGAAGUUUAUAGAGCGGCCUGUCUCUUGGAUGGAGUACCAGUAGCUUUAAAAAAAGUGCAGAUAUUUGAUUUAAUGGAUGCCAAAGCCCGUGCUGAUUGUAUCAAAGAAAUAGAUCUCCUUAAGCAACUGAACCAUCCAAAUGUAAUUAAAUAUUAUGCAUCAUUCAUUGAAGAUAAUGAACUAAACAUAGUUUUGGAAUUAGCAGAUGCUGGUGAUCUCUCCAGAAUGAUAAAGCACUUUAAGAAGCAAAAGAGGCUAAUUCCUGAAAGAACCGUUUGGAAGUACUUUGUCCAGCUGUGCAGUGCCUUGGAACACAUGCAUUCUCGACGGGUCAUGCACAGAGAUAUAAAACCAGCGAAUGUAUUCAUCACAGCCACUGGGGUGGUAAAGCUCGGAGAUCUCGGGCUGGGACGGUUUUUCAGUUCCAAAACCACAGCUGCACAUUCCUUAGUGGGUACACCUUAUUACAUGUCUCCAGAGAGAAUACAUGAAAAUGGGUACAACUUCAAAUCUGACAUCUGGUCUCUUGGCUGUCUACUGUAUGAGAUGGCUGCGUUGCAGAGUCCUUUCUACGGUGACAAAAUGAACCUGUACUCGCUGUGUAAGAAGAUAGAGCAGUGUGAUUACCCACCUCUUCCUUCAGAUCACUACUCAGAAGAACUGCGACAGCUGGUCAACAUGUGCAUCAACCCAGACCCAGAGAAGCGGCCGGAUGUCACCUAUGUGUACGACGUCGCCAAGAGGAUGCACGCAAGCGCUGCCAGCAACUGAGCGUGGAGACGGUCACCGAGAUAAUUUAAAGUAUUUUUGUGCAAAUCAUACCUCCCUGUUUUGGUCUGGGUGUUAAGAUUAGUGUUUCAGAGCUCCUGUGCUUUGAAUCCUUAACCAGUUUUCAUAUAAGCUUCAUUUUGUACCAAUUUAAGUCACCUUCUUGCAAAGCCCCAAGUGACUUUGUAACAAUCAAACUGUGUGGUAGGAGACUGAAUGGAACAUGAUGGGUUUUACUGGCUGAAGAUUUUUGGAAUUAUGGAGAGUUUUCUGGGGCUAAAUUACAUUCAGAUCGACCCUUAGUGCCAAACACUGAAGGUGCAGUUGGCACUCAGCCCAGACCCACCCCCAACCCAGCCUGAGCAAAAGUGUCUGAACCUGUGGCGGUUGGUUUUCCCGUCGUGUGUGGACAUUGGAGAGGAACACAGUUGGGAGCUUCCGAGAUUAUUUUAUUGUUACAGGUUUGAAGUAUGUGUUUUAGUUCUUAGCAUUGUAGCUUUCAAAUAUAAUUCUUAAGAUAAAUGUCGACAUAAACUAUUUGAGAAACAUUGAAAAUUCUUAGCUUAUACAUUCAAAAUGCAACUAUUAAAUGUGAAAAGAUUUGGGGACACAAUGUGAGUCAGACACUGAAGAGUUUUCCGCUUUAUUUUGUUUUCUUUUCAUAUCUUUGGUAUUCUCUUUGCAUUAAAAUGGUAUAAAUGAAUCCAUUUAAAAAGUGGUUAAGGAUUUGUUUGGCUGGUGUGAUAAUAAUCUUGAAGGUUGCACGUUGCCCAAAGCUCUUAUUGUGUUUUCAUUAUUGUUUGUACAUUUGAAAAACAGUCUUUAAAUAAUCUUGCAGUACUAUAUUUCAAUUUCUUUAUGAAUUUAAAUGCUCUACUCAUAAUUAUACAUUAGAGUGUAAGCAUAUAUUUUUAUUCAUAGAUUUUGUUGAAGUUCUGAUUGGUCCCCUUCAGAAAUUUUUUUUAUGUUCUUCCAAUUACUUUCUUAUUUAUAUUCUCUGUGCAUUUUAUCCAUUAAUGUUUCAGAUUUUCUGACAGCAUAAUACCAUGAAAAGGUAUUGGGUAUACCAGCACUCUUCCUGGAUUGAAAACUUUUUUUUAAACUUGGUGAAAUUCGGGCCCCUUGUGUACAUGUACUGUGUCUUGUUGGAGAGGAAGAAGGGAUGUGUGUUUUACUGUGCUUGUGAAUGUUGAGACAGUUUCAAUUCAGUUGACAAGGUUGUAAUUUUAGAAUAUGUUUAAGGAAAUGAAAACUGGCCAUUACCACAGCCAGAAUUUUUAUGAGAUUAGCAUUUCUGUUGGGAAGCUUUUAAGCAAAGUACUGUAUUCAUGCAUGAAGAUGACAGAGAUGGUAACGCUUCAUUUAGUGUAAGGAAGUGGGAAGAGUUCAGUAAAUGCCGUUGUGGAGAUGUUUUCCUGGACACCCCCAUGGUCGUGGUGAACAGAACUGUGAGGCCAGAGGGCCCAGUGGCAGUCAACAUUAAAGGGCACCAUCCACCAUGUAACCCUGG